GUGAGCAGCAGAGCGGAGUCAGUCGGUGUUAUGCCGUUGCGAUAGUUUGAGUCGCUAUAUCAAGAACGUAUACGUCUACAAUAAGUAGCCCAAGUCUGUGCUUCUAUACUAUCCCCGUAUAUAUUAAACCAUCGUAUCGUGCAUUUUACAAAAGUGUAUAUGCAAAAAUGAUAUUUGAUAAAAAACUAUCAUUAUCAUCAUUAUAAUAUGUUUUUAAACUGAUAAGUGGACAGUGUAGAUCCUAUCGUUGGAAGUGCCGUUGUUUUUUUUUAUUAUGUUCUUGUGUGAUCGCAGUGUGUCUAACGCAUUAAUGUAAUGAUAAAUUAAUAUAUUACACAUUUAUACAUAGACAAGGCACCAGUGCAUAAAAUAAUAAAAUUUUGGACUUUCAUAUGAAAAGUGUAUUUACGAUGCAAAAAUUCGCUGGUUAAAUGCACGUCUGUGGUGCGAGUGGACAUCAGAGUAAUGUAAGUGUGCUGGCUCGAGUACUUUCACCAGGGAGGUGAGUGAGCAGCAGAAGUAUCAGGACAGUGCACUACCCCGUUGUAUAUGUACGUCAGUGAUAUCAAUAGUGGUGCAAACUGUUGACCCACCGUCCACCCCUCAGCCCACACCCCCUUCCUUACUCAGUGCUGUACGCUACAGUUUACUGUAGAGACUACCUCGUGCGUGCUUCGCAAUCGUAUACCGAGUGAUCUCGCGUUUGAUGAUACAACUGUGAGUUCAGUGUGCACGAGAAAGGGAUCGCAAGCCCGAGUACUUGGUACUUGCAACAGUUAUUUAAUAAAUAGCAAGGAAAACAGUGCUCCGAGCGUGCACGAGGAUUUAACAAAAAAAGUAUCAGCGACAAGAAAUAUAGCACCCAACUCGCGGCAGCCGCGCGCUCGCGGCGCCCGAGGGCCGCCUAUCGAAGAGAUGGUCGUUGCCCAAUGUCUCCAGACCGAGCGCUGUUCGGAGAUCUCCAGCUCCCCGUGCUUCGUGAGUUCCUCCACGCAAUAUCACAGUUGUGCAAUGAUGGGUCUGCAGGCCACCUCAGGAAAACGUAAGCUCGAGGGCGGAGUUGUGGGCUGCAUGGAUUUCGACAUGGAACUGGGCGAGAGCCCAUCUAAAGUCGGCCGCGUCGAGGCGAGCUGGUGGGCCAUGGACGACGGCUACAGCGCCAGUUCGCCCACGGCCUCCUACUACGACAUGGAGGUUGCGGCGCCCUCCUGCCUCCAAUCCAGCACCUCGUGCCAGCUCAACGGCAGCUCCGGACCGACCUUGCCCACCAACAGCGCACCCUCGCCGUCCAGCCCCGCCCAGCAAUCGGCUCAUAGCACGGGGCCUCAGCCUGGCACGCCACCCCACCACAACCACCACCACCACCACCAAUCUCACCACCAACAGCCGACCAGUCAGCAGCACUACUAUCCACGGCCCGGCACGCCCCAGGUCUACACGACGCCGACCCAGCCGAGCCCCCAGCAGCAGCAAGUGACGCAGCAACAGCUCUCGAGGUCCCAGCAACAGCCCGGCCAGUGGGGCCACCACGCGGCGGCCCCCCACCAUUACGAGCCGCCCACGAUACGCAGGGAGGAGAACGGCAAGAGCUACCUCGAGCUGGGCUCGAGCUACCGGGCGAACGAGCGCUGCUGCGAGGGCUCGCGCUCGAGCUGGUGUAGACGCGGCCGGGCCUGCUACAGGCAGCGACGCAACGCCGUCUGGAGCAUCUCGAUGGUGAAGCUCUCGAGGUUCCGGCAGUUCCCCGACCCAAGCCUCCACCGCUCGGUCCUCAUCUGCAACACCCUGAGGUACCUCGAGCGCGAGAUGGAGCGCGACCGCAGUCCCCCGCCCGUCGAGCCCGUCAUGCCCAUGAUGCCCAUGAUGACCCAGCUCCAGCCCCCCGAACAAGGUAGGCUAACACCCUUCCCGGUCCACCAACUCAGUUCCUCCAUGUCCGUCUCCGAGACUGACGUGGACUCGGGGAUCGGCGACAACGACGACAGCCGCUCCAUCAACUGGGGUAGCGUGCUCUCUCUGAGCAGCCAAUCGCCCCUCGACCCCCUCAACAACAACGAGCUCCUGGACGUCGACAUCGGCCCCGAGCUCGAUCUCGACUUUAUGCCCGGCUGGAAGCUCACCAGCGCGACGACCACGUCGAACACGACGACGACGAACUCGACGACGCAGCAUCAGUUGACGACGACGACGACGACGACGGCAACGACGACGCAGCUGCAGCAGCACCAUCACCAGACGAUGGACGAGCAUCAGCUCCAGAGUUCGGUCGUGAGCAGCAGCAAUCACCACCACCACCACCACCACAGUCUGACGACGAUCGGCAGCAACGGUGGCAGCAGCAGCACGACGCACGAGUCGCUCAUGUGCGUUGGCUCAUAGCCCCCGACGAUACUCACGUCGUUGAGUCACCUCAUCGACUUUUACCCCCUCGCACCUUAAGGGACACAGGCUCCGUGUGAUAUACAUAAUUAUCGUGAUGAUUGCUACGACAAUGACGCAGUUGUUGUCGUCGACGUAAAUAGAUAACGAAGGUUGCAAGUCGGUAGUAAAAAAGGGAGAGAGACACGAGGGGGGGGGGGGCAACUGAUAAUGCGAGCGCGUGUUAUUGUUAAUGUUGAUGUUGAUGUUGAUAUUUGUUACGAGACCGUCCACGAUAUGUGCAGCGUAUAUAUUAUAUUAUAUAGGCAUUGUUUCGAGGGCGCCAUGACGCGCCCCCGUCCCAGUAUAAUAUUAUGGUGAUGCAGGUAUCGGCCGUUGUCCGACCCGUGUGUCCGGGCGAUCCUCUAUCUCUCUCUCCCCUCGUCGUCUACUUCGUUUCUCCCGAGGCCUUCGCGCGACAGCGUCCGGACGCUCCGUUGGGGGGGGGGGAGGGGGCUAAGAUUCGCCGCUGUUCCACACCCUGGCGAAAUUUUCACACGAGUUUUGUACAUAUUAUAUGGCUCUCCCGGACGUGAGAGGAAGCCCAGGCGAGGCGCCGGCCCGGGAGCACUAAAAGGCCGAGCUUAUCCGAGCGGGCGUUGUACCGCAAGGGACGCCAAACCGGCGGAUCGACCGCGCGAUAUCCUCGUCGUACGUGCGACCACACACGUAAAAGCGAACGCUCGUUUUUAAUGCACACGUAAACAGUAUAUGUAUAUAUACAUAACACAUGAAUACACAUGUAUGAAUAUAUACGUACAGAUAUUUAUUAAUUGUUCGUGUCAAUUAAAAAACACACGCAGCUCCGAUAGUUCUUACCGCGACGAUCCUUCCUAGAUUUGUUUCUGCGAUGGUCUCUUGUACUUUAUGACUGAACGAGAGUGAUUGAGCGAGAGAAUGCAUGCAGUCCCAAGGGAAACACCGAUUCUUCUCCACACCGAUCAUGUACAUAUAUUUUACAACUUUUUUUUUUUUUUUUUUUUUUUUAUCAGUUAUAUCGUUUUCAAAGCUCCUCUUCGAUCGGCGUUUUUUCGAAUCGCGCGGCGUUCGGGCGAAUAUAAAUAUAUACACAUACCCACCUCGGGGCUCUCAACGUGAAACUCGCCCCCGGGCCGGCGAUGCGUUAUCACAUCCUCUUGGUACAUCAUCGUCGUGUGCGUAAAUAAUCGACAUCGCUCGCCUAGCCGGCGAACGUUGGGAGCCCCGUCGCUUUUCGAUGAUUAGGUUAUCAUCGCGGCGUUCGGGUGGAAAGCAACGCGCGAGAUAUAUACGUCUUGUGAUUAUUAACAUUAAUCUCCUGAUUUUUUCUUUUUUUCUUUUUUUUUUUUUUUUUUUACUUUUUAUUCCCCUCGUACUAUAGCUAAUUGUAAAACACACGCGAUACUUCCCGACGAACAGAGAUGGCUUCUUGCGGAGUCUCAGCCCCAAGGAUCAUUUUAUUUUUAUGUUUUUACGUACAAAGUUUUUGUAUUCACAUAUACAAAAUACGAAUAUUUUUUUAUUGUUUUCGAACAACCCACAUAGAGCAACGAAUCGAUGUGACGUGAAUUUCGAGUCUCCGCAAGAUUCGUGUACACUUUGCACCUCGUAACGAUAAAGAUAGACGAAAGGCAUGGUGCUAGGAAGUCUUGCCCUGGUGCUGCGUGAAAAAAAAAAAAAAAAAAAACUUUUGUCCAUACACAAGUCCGUAUGUAUGUUACAAAUGUACAUAUGUGGAAAAAAAAAAAAAAGUAUAAGGAUGUCGUUAAAGUUUCUUCUUUUCCAUCUCGUUUACCGCUACCGAUCCUUUCGGUACUUUGUUUUGUCAUUCGUACGAGAUGUACAUAUGUACAUACAUCGAUUGUUUUUAUGGUUAAAUGAGACAUUUCUCGUACCCCGAGGAAGUGCAAGGGAGUGGACGCGAGAGCAAAAUCCUCGGCGAAUAAUUGAUCUCACGCAGCCGGAACGAAAAAAAAUUGUCUCGCGCGCUUGAUCCCUCGCGUCCGCCAAACUCUUUCGCGUGCAUUUUCACAGACUACUCGCCCUGAUUUACUUAAACUCGAUGUGAUUUCUAACGAAUUUCCUUUUUACCUUCUUUUAUUUACUCGCAUCAGCCGAACUGAACGUAUUUCAUAUACUUAACAAAAUGCACCGAUGGCCAAGUUUGAGACGCGUAUCCUUACCGGCACACGAAACACAUUCGCACACACGUCGGAUCGACAUUUUAUUUUUCAACCAGUGAAGAAAAAAAAGCAAAAACACCGAGAGAUAAUCGUCUCACCGUAUCCACACAUGUAUACGCUUCCACAACCAGACACACACUCGAGUAAUGAUAAUCUUCCGCGACCCGACAAAUGCGAGGACUUUACGAAAGGACAACAAGAACAGGACGCUCUCUUUCUCCCGACGUUGUGUCGGUGCGUAGAGCAAUAUUAAGUACAUAUGAAAAAAAAAGCGUCGCUUUUGUGGCAAGAGUCUUUGCACCCUCGACUCCCGCAAGGAGAUGUAUAUCCUGUGUAGGUCGCCGCUAGGCUUCCAAGAGAUCGGGUCGUCAUCGUGUCAGUUUGGCACUGAAAACUCGUGUACGAAAGCUCACGUGUAUGCGCGCGAAAACCUAGCAAUACUCAAGCAAAAAAAAAAUA